GACAGACCCUCCGAGAUAAACACAGAAGAGCGAGAGAAAUAAACAUCCCGAUCCGAGAUGCUUCAAGAACGCGCCGCGGGUUUAAAGAAGACACAGUAAGAUAACCAGUCGAUUUUUUCCCCGACUCGAUUUAAACUGGAAGACGCUAAGGAAUCUUUUUUUUCCCCCUUCCCUUUGACUGGGAUUUUAAGUUAGAAGUUAUACACAAGAAAAAAAAAAAAUCUAGGCGAGCUGAGUAAGAGCACUUCUGUUUUUUUUUUCUUUUUCCGUGUGUGUGAGGAUUAGUGCAUACAAGUUUUACCUCAUGUUGUGUUUUCAAAUCUGGAAGUUAUUACUUCCAUAGUUAAAAGCCUUCUCUGUUUGUUUGUUUAUUUAUUUAUUUGGCGUGUAUUUGGGCCGUUACAGGUCAACUGCUUUGAGAGAGAGAGAGAGAGAGAGAGAGAGAGAGGGGGAAAAAUUGUAUUUAGUGAGAGAUAAUGUUACUGGACGCUGGUCACCAGUUCCCUGGUUUGGGAGUGGGAACCUUUGCGAGGCAUCACGCGGCGAGCGACAUGCAGGACAGGGACUUGAAUUUAGUGCAGAACAGCUUCGUUGACUCUGCGCACAUGGGCGCUUUUAAACUGAACCACGAUCUGUCGCCCGGACAGAACUCUGCGUUCACCUCACAAGCCCCCGCUUACCCAGCCGCGGCCCUGGGUGCGCACGCCGCGCAUGUCACUUCGUACGCGAGCUCGCCGUUCAACUCGACACGGGACUUCCUUUUCCGCAGCCGAGGUUUCGGAGAAUCGCCCCCAGCGAGCGGCCAGCAUGCCAUCUUCGGCCCCACUGCGGGGUCCCUGCACCAUUCCCACGCAGACAGCCAAGGCCACAUUCUGUUCCCUGGGAUCCACGACCAGCACGCCUCGCACGGAUCCCCAAACGUGCUCAACGGGCAAAUGCGACUUGGACUACCGGGCGAGGUAUUCGGACGAUCAGACCAGUACCACCAGGUCUCAAGCCCUCGGACCGACCCUUACUCAGCAGCCCAACUCCACAACCAGUACGGCUCCAUGAACAUGAAUAUGGGAAUGAACAUGGCAGCGCAUCACCACCAUCCCGGUGCCUUCUUUCGCUACAUGCGGCAACAGUGCAUCAAGCAAGAGCUCAUCUGCAAAUGGAUCGAUCCGGAGCAGCUGAAUAACCCUAAGAAAAGUUGUAAUAAAACUUUCAGCACAAUGCACGAGCUUGUCACCCAUGUCUCAGUUGAGCACGUUGGAGGACCGGAGCAAAGCAACCAUGUGUGCUUUUGGGAAGAUUGUCCGCGGGAAAGCAAACCCUUCAAAGCUAAAUACAAAUUAGUUAAUCACAUUCGCGUGCACACCGGAGAGAAACCUUUCCCCUGCCCGUUCCCUGGUUGUGGCAAAGUAUUCGCACGAUCAGAAAAUUUGAAGAUUCACAAGAGGACGCACACAGGGGAGAAACCAUUCCAGUGUGAGUUUGAAGGCUGCGACAGGCGCUUUGCAAACAGCAGUGACCGGAAGAAGCACAUGCACGUGCACACGUCGGACAAACCGUAUUUGUGCAAAAUGUGCGACAAAUCAUACACUCAUCCCAGUUCUCUUCGAAAGCACAUGAAGGUUCACGAAUCUUCCCCAUCAGGGUCCGACUCGUCUCCGGCAGCAAGCUCUGGGUACGAGUCUUCCACGCCCCCCGGGCUGGUGUCGCCCUCCACCGAGACCCAGAGCAACACCAACCUGUCACCCUCAUCCGGCGUACACAGCUCAAACGCACACAGCGGCCUGUCGUCCAACUUCAGUGAGUGGUAUGUUUAGGACUGGAUCAGUCCACAAAGAAGUAUUUCACACACACGUACACACACACGUCGCUCCAGUAAGACCUGGGGUCUAAAUCAGACUACUAGGCCUUAGCCUGUAUCUUGCGCUAUUCUCCCGGGAGUGAUCCUCGUCAACCGAAGAAACGUGCACAAAGAAGCACUCCUUCUUUUGUAAAUACUUUGGACCCUUUUCCUAGUUGCUGUAAUAGAUUUUGUCAGGUUUUUUUUUAUUAUUAUUUUUUAAAAUUUAUUUUAUUUUAUUUUAUUUUAUUGGUGUAUAGAUGUCGCUUCAAUGGUAGCUAUUUCUCUAACCGGACUUUUAGUGCACAUAUUACGAUAAAAGUUGUAUAUGGUUAUAAAUAUUGUGCUCUCAUUAAGGCAAACUGAUUGUACCUAAAACAUCUAUUAACUGGUAUGAGUGCCAAAGUCAACACUUAACCAAGACGGACACAAUAUUUGCUUGUGAAUGUAUAUUUUUAUUUUUAUUUUUUCGUUUGCUGGGCUUAACUUGUGAUGUUUUUGUGCUUUGCAAGUUCGAAUUGUGAAAUAUAUUUGGAAGAUGUGAGGAAAAUAAACGUCGUGCAGUUCAAUUUUCUGCUACCACACCCUUCCUUUUGUAAAUAUCGACUGCCAUAUUUAUCCAUUUGUAAUUAAAUUAUGGUAUUUACUUCCAACAGAUGAAACAAUAUUUAUAAAAAAAUGUUUCUUUACUAUAAAUAUGUACAAUUAUGAGCUGAACAGGGGCAGGUGUUUUGUUAUGUGUUUUUGUUCAAAGU